UGCUCGGGGCCGCUGCAGGCAGAGCGGGAGCUCCGGUGGGCUGCGCUUAAGCGUUGUGGUUUUAUUUCCGGAGCGCUGUGUCUCCGCGGGACGGGCGCCUCUCACCCGGCGGGGGAAAGGCUGUGGAGAACUCGUUGUCUUUUCAGGCGGGGGGUGUGGGGGAAGCUCUCCACAGCUUCGUUUCUUCAGCCCGUGCUGUGGAGUCAGGGAGGGUCCAUCUUCAGGGCUUGAUGUGGAGUCCCUCUGCUCAGUAAAAGGACUUGGCCAUGGUAGUUAAAAGUAGCAAACCCAAGCGUGGCAAAGGCAAAAGCUCCAAAAAGAAAGCAAAGAAGGUGGUGAAGGAAGUGGAUAUCCUCAGCCCAGCUGCCAUGCUCAAUGCUUACUACAUCUGCCACAAUGCCCCUGCCUGCUUGGAGUUCCGGGGCUUUCCCUGGCCUGGCUCCCCCAAAAAGAAGGGGAAGAAAGGAAAGUAACUGGGUGGCUGGAAAACAAAGG